UUGUUGAGUCAUCCUGAAAUCUCUGACGAACCAGACAAUGACGAGCCUACAGCUCAUGUACUGGGCGGUCAACACUUACACUUUCGAAAAGGAGAGAUAAGAGCCGAUGAACAAACAGCUCAAAGUUUGGUUUGCAACGACUGCUCCAAGUUAUUCCGCGAUGCUGCGGCCGCGGAACGACAUGCCACGCGAACCAGUCAUCAAAAUUUUUCUGAAAGCACGGAAUCGAUCAAGCCUUUGACCGAAGAAGAGAAAAAGCAAAAGCUGGCGGAAUUGAAGGCCCGGUUGGCGGAAAAGCGUGCCUUGAAGGCAAUGCAGGAAGAAGAGGAGCGCAAAGCAUUAGAGAAGAUGAGACGGCGCACAGGCCAAGAAAUUUCUCAGCUCAAAGAGGAAUUGGAGGCUAAAGAGAUGAAAAAGGUGUUUGAAGCCAAGCGAAGAGAAAAAGAAGAAGAUCGGCUCGCGAAAGCAAAAAUCAAGGCGCAAAUCGAAGCGGACAAGCGGGAACGCAUGGCCAAGAGAGAGGCCGCAAAACAGCAGCAACAACAACAACAGCAACAGUCUGCAUCGGCCAAUCAAACAACGCCAUCUUCAAAACAGGAAUACCACGAAGCAAGAUUACAAGUAAGUAUUAGAGCUCCUGGAAUGGCACCCAUUGUCAAAAACUUUGACGCGAAUGCUAAACUUUCGGAAGUGCACGAUUAUCUGAAUUCUCAAGGCAUCAAUGCCGCAUUUAGUCUUGGUACCACCUUUCCGAGAAAAGUGUUUACCGAGGAACAUCAAAGAAAGACUCUGAAGGAUUUAGGUAGCGUAUUGAUGAAUCUCAUUUUGAUGAAACUGUUCACUCAAUGUUCUCUGUAG